CACGCCUAUCGAAAAAUCGAAAUGGCGAUCGGUGUCAGAUUUUGACAUAUUUACGAUUAUGUUGAAUUGUGUGGCUUGUGUCGAGCGCUUAAAGCAGUGAAAUCGUAAAUAUUGUCAAUUUUGUGUUUAGUGGUGUGUUGGGGAGCCCGUUGUGCGAAGACUGAAUAAUGUUUCGACGUUUGCUCCAAAUGGCAGGUCUAGGCUCUUCCUGUACCAGGGACUGUUCCGGCCGUGGGGAGUGCAACAACGGCACUUGCAUGUGCGACAUUCGCUACACGGGGGAGUUGUGCGAUGGCCCCAAUUUGCCCUACCAUGCGGGCAUUGGGGGUGUCUUUUUCCUGGUGGGGCUCGUGUGCGCUAUACAGCUGAUCAUGUGCGUCAUGUCGGAGUACCAGCGCCUGAAAGCCCCCACGUUUCUCAAAGCUUGCCGGAUUACCACUCAGAAGGCGAUUUAUUUCGUCAUGUGCAUUGCCAGCUUGAUCAGAGGGGCUUACUUCAUAUCCCCGGACUCGUUCGAGUAUGGCUGGUCUUCGAGUUUGAUGUCCUCUUAUUAUCCUCUCCUCAUGUCCAGUUCAUCUCUAAUAGUGUGCUUCUGGGCUGAGGUGUUUCAUUUGCAAGGGAUUCGUUGGGAGAAGUCGCAGUUUCUGUCGAAGUCUCUUCUGGGUUUUGUCACGUUUAAUAUCAUCAGUUAUAGUUUAUUGUUGGCGGAAGUGAUUACAACUACACUGGCUGAACCACCACCUCAUGAUCCAGGAUUCUACAGACAUCUAUUCAACGGUUGUUACGCAGUUUUGCUUUUUAUAGUUGUGGUGUUUUUCCUGAUUUACGGCGUCGAAGUGUUCUUUAAGGUCCGCGGCGGUUUCGUGGGCAAACCCCUGCAUCUAGCGGGCGGUGGUGAAUCCGAACCGCUCCGUGCCGAAGAGCUCCGCCCCCAAAUCAACCUCUCGCAACUCCACCAAUCCCGUAUCGGUCUGCUCAGCCAAGCGCUAAUGCUCAUCACCAUCGUCGGUUUCCUCUUCUCUGAAACCCUUUCCGAAUUUUGGAAAACCAAAGUCCCCAUAGUUUCGCGCAAUUGGCACGACGUCGUCUUCAGAGUGGUGGAGAUCGGCGUAGCGGUGUGGUUUCCUGCGGUUUUGUGGAACUGCAUGCAGCCGUCCGAGCUAUGGAUCCUCAAUCCGCAAAAGCUGCUAGCGAAGCUGGACCAGAAGCCUCAGGAGGUGGUGGCGAGCGCGUCGACGAUGACGGCCGACGAUGAGGCGUUUUUGGAUAAGAGGGAGUGCUGGAUUUGCUACGAUAUUGAUAAGCCGGAACCGUUGAUUCAGCCGUGUGCGUGCACUGGGGAUGUGUCCAGUGUGCAUCAUGAUUGCCUGAGGAGGUGGCUGAUGGAGAGUUCGGCAGGGAGUGGCGAAGCGCUGAAGUGUAAAGUCUGCAAUUACGAGUAUGAGGUUUGCAGUACGACCAAGUUGGACUGGGAGAGGGGUUUCACGUCCAAGCAUUGGGGUUGCAAUGCUGUUGUUGUUACAUGUCUUUGCGUGGUGGUCGCAGUGGCCUGGAUUAUUAUACAACUGUAUGAUAAUAGUUACAUCAGGAUGCUGAGCGCGAGUGUGGCGCUACUGGUCAUCUAUAUCUGCAUCAAAUUUUUGGGGCAGACUACGUUGAGCGCCUACCAGAGGGCCAAAGUGGCCGCUUUGAACAUCGGCGGUCACGUGACGACGAUCAGUGGAGCCGUCAAUAUCGAAACAAACGAUUCUCAGCCGCAAGCAGCAUUGUAAUUGUUUUAAAAAUGUGAUAUUUAUCGAUGUAUUAUUAUUAGCCGGAUUCAAUAUUGUGAACUGUUCACAUACUAUAUUUUUUUCGUACUAAUUAUAGAUUAUUGGUAGGAAGCAUGUUAUUGUCGUUUUUAAGUAUAUUUACUUAGUUGUUGGAAUUUUAUUUACUGAAGUGAGAUGCCAAGAUGUAUAUAUUUCGUUCUCACUGUGUAGAUGUAGCGAUUGACCUGUUCAAGGUUAGGAGUACUAUCACUUUUUUGUGUACAUAGGAUUAUGCGAUUUUUGUCGUUAGAAUUUUAAUUUUGUUGAGUUAGGAAUUGCAGAUCUCGAGGAAAUUUUGUUUAUUCGUUCCCAACAGCUGUGUUAAUGUAUCAUGUUUCGUGGUAGAAAUAAAAGAAAUUCUCAGCGAUA